UUCAAAGCUCAAUUACUUAAUAAUAACCCAACAACAACCAAUCAAUAUCACCUCCCCAAAAAAAAAAAAAAAAAAAAAAAAUCGGAGCUGAUCAUCAUGUUCAGAUCAUUGCUGGGAAGCCUGAGCUUCAUGAUUUGGCUUCUCAUGACCAUCUCAUCAGUUCAGGCUCAGAACCAACCUGUGCUGGACACCGCCGGAAACACCCUUGAAGCCGGUGUCCAAUACUACAUCCGCCCUGCCAUAACUGAUUUCGGCGGUGCUUUUACUCUCAUCUUGAGAAACGGCGCCUGUCCGUACUACGUGGGUCAAGAGUUCACCUACUCAACGACGUCGUCACAGUCAUCACUGUCGGAAAGCAUCGUGCCGGUGAUCUCGGGACCCGUGCCUGUGAUCUUCACGCCUUUCGAGGAAGGAGAAACGGUGAUAAGAGAGUCGAGGGAUGUGAAGUUCGUAUUCUCGACGCUCACAGUGUGCCCUGAGUCAACCUCAUGGAAUCUGAAUGGUGUAGAUGAAACUACCGGAAGGCGUCUGCUAAGUACCGGAGAAGAUGAUUGGCAAUACCCGACUGGGAAUUACUUCCGGAUAAAAGGAACAGAGAGCGAGAAAGUGUAUACAUUGGAAUGGUGUCCAGCUGAGGUAUGUCCUAUUUGUAAGUUUGCAUGUGAAGAUAACCAUGUUGGUCCUUCUUUGAUUGAGAAUGGAGAGAGGCUCGCUGCUUUGAAUGGCAGCUUUGCUCUUCCUGUUGUAUUUCAGAAAAAAUAAUAAGCUCCCUGUAAUUUCUCUGUUAUAAGCAGAACCCAAUAAAGCAAUUAUACAUAUAUAUAUAUAUAUAUAUAUAUAUUUGAAACAAAUAAAAAGGUCACGGAUUAAAUAA